CUUGGCGGUAAACGCGUACGGUUCGUUGAGUGACACUGAUAUUAUCGUUGAUUUUUUGUGUACUCGUUGAAUAUGUUAUUUAUUGUUAUCGAAUUCACCCUGGCGUAUAACUUUUUCAGAAACAUGGAAUAAUUCUAUAGAAAUGAUAAAAACGUAAAAAAUUAUGAAUACGUGAAAUUUCGUUUAGUUGUAAAAGUGACAUAACUCAUACUAAACAGUGCUUUAUACUAAAACCGGUUUUGUUUCAAGGGUGAAAAUAGCAGUAAACAGAUUGCAAAACACUUGAAAACAUCUACCAUCGACCAUUUGUACCUAGAAUCAAUACAAGACAUGAGGGAGUACUGUCUGAUUUUAUUAAUACCUUUGGCAGUGUUGGCUGGUAGAUCACCUGCCGCGGUGUUCGAAGAUGUAUAUGAGCUAGGCCGUCCAAAUGCAUCCUUUUUGGCAACAACAGAAAGCUGGAACGGCAUGAAGGCAUACUUGAGGAAAAAAUAUCGCCAAAUGCAAGAUCCACUUCAACAAGCAUCAAUGAUCGCUGCUUACACCGCUGCUCAUGAGCGAUACCAAAACUCAGAAGAGAAACAACAUGACCGUGUUCGUAUCGAAAACAUGGGUAAACUAGCAUCAGUACGUACAAAACGAUUGGGUAAUCUGCCAUUAGCUGUGCAAAACUCGAAAAUGAUAGAUAUUGUUCCACGAGAAAUGAUCAAGUUUGAAUUGUCAGAUGCUGUAGCUUACUCUUUUGACUAUGACUCACCUUUACACGCUUCACAUCGCUCAAAAUCGCGGACAAAAAGAGAAAAACAGGAGAAACGAAUGGAACCAAUUCCAAGAGAAAUAUUACGAUUUGAGUUAAGCGAUGCAGUAGUUUCAAAAUUGAAAAAUAACGCUAAUUCAACGACAAGUAUUAGACACCGACGGUCAGCUAGUCCCGAUCCACGCGAUUACUUUAAAUUCGAAUUGGAAGAUGCCAAGACUCCUAAUGGCUAUGCAAACGCCAAAGCAAAUGUAACAGAAAAUUUGCGACACCCCUUUACGUCAUCGGAUAUUUACAGACGUGGAAAGGUGUUUGAUGAAGCAUUCGAACGUCCAAAGGCAAAUGUACAGAAAAAUGAAGCAACUAAGAAGGAAAAACGGGAAAGCAUAGACCCCAUGGAUAAAGAUGAUGCUAGCGAUAUGAGCUCUGAAGAGUCUCGACGCAUUAAAAUCACAGGGAAAAAACAAAAGCAAAGUGCCAAUUAUGAGGAUCUUCCUAUUGGUAUACAAAAAGCCAUAGACAUAGCAAUUAAAGCAAAUGAGCGCAUUAAUGGAAAAGGCGGUGAUACGAUUUUGAAAACAGCAGCUUUGCAAUCUACAUCAAAAUACUUCUUUGGUGAUAAAAAACCGAAAACUAAAAAUUCAUUCAUUACAACGCCAAAACCAAAUAUUAACCUAUCAUACAUUGAGCAGCCUGUGGUAGAAGAAACACCAAAUGGUCAAACCGAUAUUAUUUCAAGUAACCCAUUGGAAACAGGAUCGGGAACGAUUUCGGACACUAUCAGUUUAAAAAAUACAAAACACUCCUCCCUGCAAGGCAUCCCAAAAACCUGGUGGUCCUUCUCUGAUUUGCAACGACCGAAACGUUUAUACCAAAAAGUUCCACUCUCGCCGCUGGCCGUAAGUUCACAAUAUGUAAACACUUUCAAGCCGUCUAUCGAACAAAGCAAGAUGAAUGAACUUUCACCAGGUUAUCAUCGUCAACAGGAUUUACUUUCCCCUGUUACUUCAUCAAACACAGAACCAGCUGCUCUAUCUGACCUAGACAGUUAUAGAACAUCUGUAUCAAUUAUUCCACAAGAAGUGAUCAUAAAAGAACGACCGAAGAUUCAGUACGUUAUUAAAGAGAUACCAGUAUCAAAGCAAAUGAAACAACAGCGUACAAAGCUAACAAUGCAACCUAGCAUUUUGAUCUCUUACGGUCAGGAUAUCUCAAACCCUAGGAAAGAAAGUGUUAUUAAUCGCACCUAUGACAUAGUUUAUGGACCAACCAAAGUCGAAUAUGGACAUCGUAAACCCAUAGAAGAACCAGUUCACUCAUUUCAAAACAUGAAAGUUUUAGUGCCUGAUUAUAAAGAAGAAUCUCACACACAACAUUACUUUGAUAGUAACAAAAAUAAUCAAAUAUUUGAGACAGAACAACCAUCCUCAGUACAACUGAAUGAAUUCAAUUCUUCUCAAGGGAAUAUUGCAGCCUUAUCCGCUUUAAUUGGACAACAGCCAAACGCGCAAUUAAAGGGACUAAAUCAACUAUUGCAUACGCCUCUUUCAAUGACACAAAAUGACCAACAGCAUCGACCUCAAGAUAGCACAGCUCCAGUAACAUUUCCGGAAACAUCCACUAUGACACCAAAACCAUUUCGACCGAGUUAUCGAUCGAUACAAGUCAAUCAUGAAUCAAACAUUAUUUACGACGACAAUUAUCAUCACGCAUUGCAAAUAGAUCCUCAUUUACAAUUUGAUUUGAAGAAAGAAUAUACGCCGAUUCAGGAAGAAACUACAGAUGUUUCCGAUUCUGAAUUUAUAGGGCCUGUUGUUGCAACUGCUAAUUAUGCAUCAAAUUUUGUUGGAUCGCAGAAACCAAUACAAUUUAGAAUAGCAGAACAUCAGAAAUUCAAUGAAGCAGAAGCUGGUCACGAGACAAACACAUAUAGCCACAUUAAAGGCCAUAGCUCACCUGACUCUCCUAACGAUAAAUCAACGUCGCGCCAUUACCUGGAACAGCAUCAUACUUAUCACGAUUCCAGAAAAGAGCAUUAUGAUGUAAUAAAUUCCGAAGGAUAUGCUUUCGGAUACAGAGUACGCGAUUUUCAUACAGGAAAUGAUUUUGGUCACAUACAGAAUCAUGACAACGGUGUAACGCGUGGUGAGUAUCACACCUUACUGCCAGAUGGCCGAGUUCAAAAUGUACGAUAUACUGCCGAUGCCAAGGGUUUCCACGCAGAUGUCUCUUAUGAAAGUGUGCAUUCAUCCUCCCAUAGUAGUUAGUAGAUGUUAAGAUUAGAAGAGAGAUUAAUGACUACCAAUAAUCGAUUUUAGACGCAGGAGAUGCAUGAAAAAUGGUUUUGUUCAUGCUUUUGAAUAUCUUGUUGAACUUUGAAUAUUGAAUAUUUAAAAUAUUUACAGUUACAAUUACAAUAUACAACAGACAAUAAAACGUUACGAGCAAUAUACGAACCAAUACCAAUAGACGAAUACCAAUCUUUCAAAUUCCAGAAAUAAAUAUAAGAAAAUUGACCUGCGCUGAUUUCAUAAUUUAUUUUAUUUUUCGAGGUUCCAAUUUAGAAAUUUUAUCAAGUGCUAACAGAUUCUCAAAGAAAAUAUUUAACUUUGAAAAUUAGCCUAUAGUUCUUUACUAUAGAUUAGUUCAUAAGAUAUGAUGUGAUGAAUGGGAGAUGUGCAAUAAUAAACAGUUAGCUGAAUUCAGAUUAAUUACGAAACGGAUGCAUAAUCAUAAAUUACCAGACUGUUGUUGUUAUGUUAGAUAACACAAUUGUUUUAUUAGAUAACACUAUGUUAUAGAUAAGUGUGUACAUAUUGUGUUGAUAUCAUUUCUAUUGAAUGUUUUCAUACACAAUACAGAAACAUUUACUUCAAACCAAACAGGAAUCGAAUCUUAUAAUACCUUUUACAACGUGAGACAUGACAGAAGUAAUAUUUAGCAUCAAUACAAAUAAAAUCGUAAUGAUUUUGUGUUCCUUUUUGUUUGUUGAGACAUGUUUGUGUUAGGCCCUGGUAUAUGAUAAUAAAGGAGUGUUGCUAAAUUGUACGAUCGAACUGUCCAA